AUUUGUGCCGUGAGCCCCGGCGGAUCUGCUGCCAAUACACCAACCCCUGCCGGGAGCGCUGGAAGCAAAGCUCGCAUCCCCGCAACUAGCUACCCCCGAAGCCAGCCCCCAGUCAUGCUGCUGGAUCUCUAAGAAGCCUCCUGCCCUGGGACACUGCCACAGCAGGCUCCCUCCCCCUUCUCCCAUCGCCUGCUCCCCAGCUCCGGCCCGGUCAGCUCCGCGCUCGCUGCCCCGGGACGUGGCCGGCGAGUGGAAGCAGUGCCAGGAUCAUUGAAGCUGGGUCUUCCACUGCUACCUCCCCAACCCCAACUUGUGCAUCAUGUUCCAGCGCCUCACCAGCCUCUUCUUUAGCACCAGCCCUCCCUCUGAGGAGCCCCCCUCCCCAACAGCCUUCAUCUGCCCUGAGGAUGAGGAAGAAGUGGAUGGAUGGCUCAUUAUCGACCUACCUGAUAGUUUUGCUGCCCCACCAAGCCCCAAACCAGCCCCCUCCUGCUUGCUGGAUGAGAGCUGGUUUGUUACCCCUCCCGCCUGUUUCACUGCAGAGGGGCCUGAGCUGGGGCCUGCCCACUUGGAAAGCAGCCCCUUGGAGGACCUGCUCAUCGAGCACCCCAGUAUGUCUGUCUAUGUCACUGGCAGUACCAUCGUCCUGGAGCCUGGGCCUGACCCCACCCUGACCCCACCCCGGACCCCGCCCCCAGCCAGAGCUGGCCAACGGGAGGUCAUGCAAGUCCGAAGGGAUCCAGGCCCCAGGCACCACACAGCCUCGAUGCCCCCUCGGACAGCAGUGUUGGAAAAGGCCAGUCAGGCCCGGUGGGUGCAGCGGGCCCGUCAGAGGGCUGACAGACAGAAGCUGAGCCCAAAAAUUGUCCAGCGGCAGAACCGUGUUCGAGAGCGCCAUUCCCGCCGGUUUAAGCACCAGGGCAGCUUUCUCCACCAGCCGUGCCAGCGCCAGUUCAAUUACUGACGUCCCUGAGGUCGCCUGUCUGCCCAUUCUGGGCUGCUCCAAUCUACACUGCUCUCAAAUAAACCUCUCACCAGCCUCCCUCCCCCACCCCCUUUCCCCGCUGACACUACCCCUUACCCACUUAUUCUCACCAGCCUGCUCCUGCCACCUGUUCUGGACCCAAGUGGUGACUCCCACGUGCUCCAUGGACCUGUUGGCCAAGGCCCUGCUGCCCCAAGGGAGCCUCUACCCAAGUAGAGUCUAGAGGGAAAGAGGUGCUGCUAGCCAUCCCUGUGGGGUAACUGUCCCUCUGUCCAUUCCCCUGUCCAGAGAUUCCAGUCCCUUACUUUGGAUCUCUGCAUUCCCCAACUGAUUCCUCCCAUUCCCUCCCUCUAAAUCCUGUCCUGUGAAUUCUGAUCCCCUUCCUCAUCCCCCAACCUCGAUCCGGUUGCCCCUCCCUAACCUCUCUCCUAGUCUAUCUGUCAGUGAGUGACAGAAGUCUCUUUCUAAGGCUCCCUGACAAGUCUUGGCAACUAGGUUGCAAUGCCCUAAGGCCCAGUUCCUAUUGUCUUUACUCUAGGACAGACUCCUUAGAGCUGGCCCAGGUCUCUGAAGGUAAAGUAUGUUGGAGAGGGCUGUGAGAUGUGAAAUUUGAGAGUGAAAGAAUGGAGGGAUUCAGACAGGGACAGAAAGUCAGAGACAGACUUGAGAAAGAUAAAGAGUCAGGAGAAGCAGCUCUGGAGGAGGGAACCCCCGAGCACAGGAAAGCUGGAUUUUUACUAGCUGAGAGGGACCCAUCACCCUGGCUUAGAAAACUGCUUUAUGGAGUAAACAGGUGGUUUCUUCAGUCUGCUGCCACCACACACCGACUUCUGGUCCAGGUGACUCCUCCCUCCAUUACUCUGCCCCAAGGUAUUGGAGUUGGGGAGAUCCAGAAGACCCUGUGAAGCCUGGGCUAGCAGUUUUCCUGAGGGUAGGAGAGGGGCUCUCUAAGGACUGGGUUGAGGGCAAUGAAAAGGAUAACUUCUGACCUCAGCCUGAUGGCUCUAAAUGACUAGGCUGCUCAAUUUACUUCCUGCCUCAAUACCAGAGUUCAGUGCUUUGCAUUACAAAUGUCUCACCCACCCUAGAGCUAGGGAGAAUCCUCUCUGCUCCAGGAUGGACAGAUCUUCUGGUGGUCCCAAACCUUCCCAUGGGGACUAUUUAGAUCCAGGCCUUGGAAGAAGGGCAGAGAAGCACCUCCUCUGGCCCUUUUACUGCCCACUCAUUCUGAGGUUCUUACCCCUAGGAAACUAGAGCUAUUAGUAUCAACCUUUACUGAGGUUCCCUGUCUUUCCACCUGCAGAAACCAGGUGGCUGUUCUUUAUUUUUUCCUGAGGUGUGUGGGAGAGGGAGAGAAAGUCCCAAAACCAUGGCUAGCCUCAGACUUAAGAAGUAGCUGCCCGUUUUGAUGCUGUGGGCUGUGAAUUCUGGGCUUAGAUACCAGCAACUGUCUCCUUGCAAUGCCCUGAAUCGCCCCUGUCAGUUUUUCUAGAUGUCAUUCUUUUUUCCUGUCUCUUCAUCUUGAUUUAUUUCUUAUGAUAGUUCUGUCUCUUGACAUUUUCAAGGAUUCUUCCUCUAACACAAGUCAUUCUGUCCACAUACUCCUUUCCCCAUUACUUGGCCCUGGCUCCAUAGUCAGAGUACAACAGGGUUGGCUUCUGGAGUCCAGGUGCCUAUAGCUUCAUUGCUACAUGGGCAGAGGCCCCAGCCCCAACGGGCAAACUAAAUUAUUUUUUAAAAAUUAAAACAAGAUGACAUUUCAAAAAUACUUUCAGCUUACUCAGAAGUCAGUGACUAAUAUUAUACCCUGUCCCUCAACCCUCUUUCAAGAAUCUUUCCCUAAACCGCCCCUCACACCCAGCUAUGCUGUGGCUUCCUAACAUCUGACGUUUUCAGAGUUUCCAUCUUCCGUGUUCCAGUGCUGAGGAGCUGGGUUGGGUUCCUAGUAACUGUUUGACGGGGACUGGAAUGAAGGAAGUCUAGAGAGUAGGAGCCUAUCAUCCUAAACCUUGCUUGCCUCCUGUUAAUGCCUCCCCUCAAAACUCCUUCAAGUCUUUUUACCCAAGGAUCAACAUGAGCUGAUCAUAAGACUUUUCUAUCAUCCCAUAGACACUGUAGCAUCUAAGUGUGGCAAUAUUUUAUGUCUAGAUUUUUAAGACCUGACACCACUCUGUCCCCUGUGUGUUUGACUACAGAGCCACCAGAUCUUCUCAUACUAUAUGGACUGUGUAUGUGCCUUUCACUCUUAGCAUGGUUCAAGGUUUUUCAAACCACAGAACUUGAACAAAUUAAGGAACCAGUAUUCAUGAAGUCCUAUGCAACCUAAGACAGGGAGUCAGAGUUUGCAGUGACAACUGUUUCAGAGACAUUGAGGAAAUGACCAGUUUGUGGAGUAUUAGCAAGACAUCAGUAUAACCAGCACUUCGACAAAAUUGUGUGCAUGCAUGAGUGUGUGUGUGUUGGGGGGAGAUGCCCAUCUUUUUGUUCUAAGAGUUUGUUUCUAAAGAGUAAGCACUGUUCACAAGGGCAGCAUCACUCUUUCCCUGUUGAGUCUUGAGAGCAUGAACCUGCCCUUCCCUUGCCCCAAGUAUCACUUCCUGGUCCCCUGCUCCCCACUCUUAGUCCCAAGAGGGCCACUGUGUGUGUGUGUGUGUGUGUGUGUUUACCUGUACGGUUGUGACCAGUUUUAAAUAUAUGUGCAACCAGGAAUCCACCAAUCCACCCCUUAGACAGAGCGCCUCCUCUCCUCACUUAGAGGGCAUCACUGCCCCCCCAGGUGCUCCAGAUCUCAAAUGCCUUACUAAAUCCACAUGGCUUUGAACUAGGGGGCUUAAUGCAGACAAACCACCCACUUUCUGAUACCUAUGACUGUAGCCCUGCCGCCUGGUUCCAAACAAAGCUAACAAGCUGCGUCUCUGUCAUAUGCUGAGCCCAGACUGUAGAAGGAACCUUCCUUAGGAUGUUUAAAAUGUGUGUUGGUGGACUCAAGGAUGCAACCACCUUGACACUGUCGUGGUGUGUGUGUAUGUAUGUGUGUGCGUGUAACAGGACUCUUGAGUGUUAGACUGUAACGCUAUUCCUCUGUGGGGGAAAAAAUUAAUAUAAAAGAAAACACAAGAAAUAAAAAUCUAUUUAAAGCAUA